AUGUUGUCCUCUUGCCAACCGGGGGCCAUCCUUUGGAUUUCCGACGUGUUUGGGGACUGCAUAUAUAAUGUGCGUGACCUGGUGGGCUUCUCCUGCGGCAUCACCAGCAUCUGCUGCUGGAUGGUGGCGCAAAUACCGCAGUUGUACAAAAACUAUAAGACCAAGCAUGCCGAGGCGCUGAGCCCAUGGUUCCUGGCAUCGUGGCUGCUGGGUGACACCUGCAACCUGCUAGGCGCCCUGCUCAAGGGGGACCAGCUGCCCACGGUUGUGUUCACUGCGCAGUACUUCAUCACCGUGGACUGCGUCAUGAUGGUGCAGUACAUUUAUUACACCAGCCUGCAGCGGCGGCGGGAGCGCAUGCAGGCGUCACGCCGGCAUCGCCACCACCACCACCACCACCACCAUCGCCGGCGGCACGACAGCACCGGCAUGCAGCAGCACCAGAGCGGCAGCGGGGAGCAGCAACCGGGCGGCAGCGCCGAGCAGGCGUGGGCAGGCAGCGGCGGCGACAGGGAGGGGCGGGGCCCACACGCCGCCGCGGAUGGCCGCGAUGCGGCAGCGUCAGUGGCAGCGUCAGCAGCGGCAGCACACGAGUGCUGCGACUCGAGCGGCGAGAUCAAGCCCGGCGGCGUGCUGCUGGGCGGCAGCAGCAGCCGCGCGGUGCCUGCGGCGGAUGUGUCGUUCCGGCCGCAGCGUGUGCUGGCCUGCCUGGGCACGCUGCUGGUGGUGGCGCACCUGCAGCAGCCGCAGCCAGACGAGGCGGGGCAGCGGGGGCUUGGCGGGCGGCGGCUGCUGGCGGCCGGCGUCCUCGCGGCGGGCAGCGGCGGCACCGGGCUGCUGGCGCACAUGCCGCUGUGGGCGUACACCGCCGGCACCGUGCUUGGCUACUGCUCCAGCGUGUUCUACCUCACCAGCCGCGCCUCCCAGAUCUAUCGCAACUGGCAGCGCCAGUCUGUGGAGGGGCUGGCCAUCUCGAUGUUCAUGUGCGCCAUCGCCGCCAACUCGCUGUACGGCGCAUCCAUCCUCAUCCGCAGCGCCACCUGGCCAGAGCUGCGCUCCUCGCUGCCCUGGCUGAUCGGCAGCCUGGGCACCGUGGCGCUGGACGUGACCAUCUUUGCGCAGGCACGCCUGUUUGGGGCGGCCGCGGCGCAGAAGCAGCACCCCAGCGACGAGGACGAGCCGCUGAUCGCGGCGCCCUAG